AUGUUUUACUCUCAUUUGCUCGGUCUUGCCUUUGUGCAUAUCUUGCCUGCGCUUGCUGAUGUCACGCGUGGGCAGGAUAACUGUGCCUGUGGCUUCUACGACACCCAAACCCAAGAGCUCUUCACCGACUCGAUCAUCGUAUACUUCAACGAGACCACUCAACUACCAGUAGACUUCAUCGCUGAAGACUUUACUCAGAAAUAUGCGAAAGAUUGGAAUGCCGUCUACCGUGAGGGUGCCUCUCCCAAAAACCUUAGAUUCAACAACAGCGAGUCUCUCCAACUUGUCGUACAACCGUCGACCGACGAUCAUGUUGUUCAGGGUGCUAGUCUCCGAACCAAGCGAAGCGACAUUCAGCAUGGCUCUUUCCGCACCCUUAUCAAGUCUGCUGACAGAGACGCUGCGGGUACCGCGGCUUCAAUGAUGUGGAAGUACAAUGAGACUGAGAUUACCGAGCUUAGUGUCAUGAAUAUGAACAACGAAAGGGACCCAUGGGUAGGCACCUUCGUUAACAACGAAUUCACAACACGUAACCUCGGAAUGAACUACAGCCAGCUCCUCAACAGCACCGCCGCCAACCGCAACUACACUACGCUCGGCGGUGGUCUUAGCAAUGGAAGCAUCAACCCAUGGGAGUUUACCGAGUAUCGGAUCGAUUGGACUGCAGACUAUAUCAACUUCUACAUCGGUGGCAACCUCACUAGGCAAGUUCUACACAAAGAGAGGAAGAACAUGCCGUCGGUUCCUACAGCCAUGUUCUUCAAACACUGGUCGACCGGUAACCGAUACUCUAUGCGUGGUCCUCCUCAACUUGCUGAGUCUAUUGCCGAGGUUGGCUGGAUACGCAUGUUCUUCAACUCGUCAUCGAUGGGCGUAGAUGCUCGCGAAAAUUUCGUCGCCAGGUGCCCGUUGACUGAUGCAUGCUCAAUGGAUGACAUUGAACUCCGAGGAUCAACUCAGUAUGGAGACGAUGCGACCGAGAAGUGGGAACAGUACAAGGGCAAAGAUAUCAAGCGCAUGCCAGCGCUUUGGCUCUCUGUGUCAUGCCUCAUCUUCUCGACCAUCCUUAUCAUCCACACCCUCAUCCGACGCCUCGCUCCCAAGAUGAACAGGGACAUCAAGAAAUCUGACCCAGCUCCGUCAACCGAGGAGAAACUCUCGGAAGACCAGAAGAGGAACCCUUUCAGCGACAGCACUUUCACCGUAGCAUCACACGAAAUCUUCUCCCGUGGUGGUGUCGGUGACCGCAACACACCAUCAGCUUCUGUGAAGCGCGACUCAACUGAUGAUGACAUGGCUAUUGAAAGGCUUCCCGGCACUUCGACUCUUGGAGGCUCUACGCCCAGGGAUGGCCUGUCCAGACCCAACUCGAUGCUCUUCGAUAGUCGUGGCCCCACUCCCUUCAACAGCAACUUCAACACUACGCGCGAGGAUCUAUAUGCACCUAUGCCACCGAUGCCAGGAACCGCAAUCUCAAUGGGAGGUGACUCAAUGUUGACCAUGGUAGAUCCUCGAUCCCCAGGCACCGCAGUAUCAAGAGGACACGAGUCCAUGAUGACACUGUCGGACCCACGCGCCCCCACGACCACCUCUGUCCCUAUGAUUGCUCCACACGACAAAAUCACAAUGGAGACUGUCACCGAAUCCGCUCUUCCAGCACCUCGUAUGCGCCCUCAGCCUCUGCCUCAGCGACAACGUAUCGACCAUCUUGCUGGUUUGACAGCCCUCUGCUCUCUUGUGGUCACCCUGAUGCAUUUCGGUCUUACCUUUGUCCCUGCCAUCGUCACUCCUGGAGCGUCCGCACACAAUGCCUCUGAACCCUGGGCACAGAGAAUUAUCGGUCCAUUCCUGCUCAACCAAAUGUGGCUUGGUGUCUUUUUCACGACCUCAGUUCGUUUCCUCACUGCGCCGUACUUGCGCAAGGGCAAGAUGGAUGAAAUCGCCAAGGCAGCUGUACGUCGUACACCUCGUCUCAUGAUUCCUGUUGCGGCCAUGGCACUACUGGAGUACUUUUUCAUCGACGUUGGCGCAACAAAGUUCUUGCAGUACAUCCCGUCCCUAACGUGGUCGACCUGGCCUUAUGUGAGCCGCUACAACAACUUUGGUCAGUACAUCUCCGAGGUUCUCGAACUCAUGUUCCUCGUCCCCAACGCAGUCCCACAAAUCACACUGCACUACUGUACCGGUGUACUCUGGACCAUCGCUGUCCAACUUCAAGGUUCCUGGCUCGUGCUUCUUGGCGCUGUUGUUGUCUAUGAGAUCAAGACGCCCUGGAAGCGCAUGUGCUACUAUACUUUCUGCCUAGUCAACCACUGGUACGCUCAGUCUUGGGGCACAUACCUCUGGGUCGGUCUGCUCCUCACCGAUCUCGACGUAACCUACAAGUGGAAAGCGUUCCUUAACAAGCGACCGUCGGCCUACUACGCCACCAUCACAUUCUUCUGGUGCUGCGUUGGCGUCGGUUUCGCUGUCAACAUCUUUCCCAACUGGGUCGACACGGACUUCAACUUCUCGACUGCUGAGCGCGGCAUCCAUCCUGACCCCAUGACCGGCGAACCCAUCGUCAACACAGACUCGGCAGGAUACCCUCCGUACUACACACCUCGUCUCAACGGUUUGCUCUUCGCAGGCGGCAUGCAAGCUAUUGUCGAGCUUUCCGCCGCCGUCCAAUGGGUCCUCUCCACACCUCCCUUCUUGGCUCUCUUCCCCCACGUCUUCACCAUCUACCUGCUCCACGGUCUUGUCUUCUGGACCUACGGAUCUUGGCUCAUGGUCCUGCUCGCUGGUCGCGGAUUCAGCUACGGCAUCAACGUGACAAUCGUGGGUAUAACAUCCUACGGUGUGUUAUUCGCCUGUCUACCCAUCAUCACACCCAUCAUCGAGGCGCUGGGUAAGGACGUGACGGCCUUGGUAUGGAUGACAGCCACGAAGAAGUCGCCGCCUAGGCGCCGCACUUUGUUCCCCUUCCCCGAGGACCUGUUCACUGGACGUGCUUGCAACGCUACUUCGGACGAAAAGAAAGAUGGUGCUGAUGUGGAGAGUGGCAUGGGUAACCGCGCUUCCGACGCCAGUACCCUUAACGGAAGUAACACCACUAGCCAACGGAACAGCAACGACAAGGGUAAAGGUGUCUCUUCGACAGUCAUGGAGUACAAGAUGAAGGCGUUUUCCACAGACGAGGAUAGGAAAGAUGCGCAUCCUUCGUCGCGCAUCAGUCACUUCUCCACUGAUUGA